AUGAAGCAAGCCAAGCAGAAGCAGCUUCUCCUUUGUUUUCUUCCAUGGCUGCUUCUCUCUCUCCCCUUUUGCGAGGCUCGAUUCGUUGUGGAGAAGAACAGCUUGUCGGUGACGUCGCCGGAGAGCAUAAAGGGGACUCAUGACAGUGCAAUCGGCAACUUUGGGAUCCCUCAGUACGGCGGAAGCAUGGCGGGAACGGUGGUUUACCCAAAGGAGAAUCAGAAAUCGUGUAAAGAAUUCAGCGAUUUCUCAAUUUCUUUCAAGUCUCAGCCUGGUGCUUUGCCUACCUUCCUCUUGGUUGAUCGCGGAGAUUGUUUUUUCGCUUUGAAGGUCUGGAAUGCACAGAAAGCGGGUGCCUCUGCUGUUCUUGUGGCUGACAAUGUUGAUGAGCCUUUGAUUACCAUGGACACACCCGAAGAGGAUGUUUCGUCCGCAAAAUACAUUGAGAAUAUUACCAUUCCUUCUGCUCUCGUCACAAAAGGUUUCGGUGAAAAGUUGAAGAAAGCAAUUAGUGGAGGGGAUAUGGUCAACUUGAACCUUGACUGGAGAGAAGCUGUUCCACACCCUGAUGACCGUGUCGAGUAUGAAUUGUGGACCAAUAGCAACGAUGAAUGCGGGGUUAAGUGUGACAUGUUGAUGGAGUUUGUCAAGGAUUUUAAGGGCGCCGCUCAGAUUCUUGAGAAAGGCGGUUUCACGCAGUUUAGACCUCAUUACAUUACCUGGUAUUGUCCUCAUGCUUUCACACUGAGCAGACAGUGCAAGUCUCAGUGUAUCAACAAGGGAAGAUACUGUGCUCCUGAUCCAGAACAGGACUUUAGCUCAGGAUACGAUGGAAAAGACGUCGUUGUGGAAAACUUGAGACAGCUUUGCGUUUACAAGGUGGCAAACGAAACCGGAAACCCCUGGGUCUGGUGGGAUUAUGUCACUGAUUUCCAGAUCAGAUGUCCCAUGAAGGAGAAGAAAUACAACAAAGAAUGUGCUGAUUCCGUUAUCAAAUCUCUUGGAAUUGAUAGCAGAAAACUUGACAAGUGCAUGGGAGACCCUGAUGCUGACAUGGACAAUCCAGUUCUAAAGGAAGAACAAGAUGCACAAGUUGGCAAGGGUACAAGGGGUGAUGUGACCAUAUUGCCUACCUUGGUUGUCAACAACAGACAGUACCGAGGCAAGUUGGAGAAGAGUGCUGUACUCAAGGCUCUAUGUUCUGGUUUUGAGGAGACAACUGAACCAGCUAUAUGCCUGAGCACAGAUAUGGAGACAAACGAGUGCUUAGAUAACAAUGGCGGUUGUUGGCAAGAUAAGUCUGCCAACAUAACUGCUUGCAAGGAUACUUUUCGAGGAAAAGUUUGUGUGUGUCCUAGAGUUGAUGGUGUACAAUUCAAAGGGGAUGGUUACAACCAUUGUGAACCGAGCGGGCCGGGGAAAUGUACGAUCAACAACGGAGGCUGUUGGCAUGAAGAGAGAGAUGGACAUGCGUUCUCUGCCUGUGUGGACAAGGACAAUGUUAAGUGCCAGUGUCCUACAGGAUUCAAAGGAGACGGUCUUAAGAAGUGUGACGACAUUGAUGAGUGCAAAGAGAAGAAAGCCUGUCAGUGCCCGGAAUGUAACUGCAAGAACACUUGGGGAAGCUACGAGUGCUCUUGUAGUGGGGACCUUCUCUACAUGAGAGACCAUGACACUUGCAUCAGCAAGACAGGUUCACAAGUGAAAUCAGCGUGGGCAGCCGUAUGGCUUAUAAUGUUAUCAUUGGGACUUGCAGCUGCUGGGGCGUACCUCCUUUACAAAUAUAGGUUAAGGCAAUACAUGGACUCAGAGAUCAGAGCUAUAAUGGCACAGUACAUGCCACUGGACAGCCAACCCGAGGUUCCAAACCACGUGAAUGAUGAACGUGCCUGA